UGACCUCAUCGACCAACAAAAUCUCGGGAAACACGCGGCCUACCAAAUCGUCCCUGAUCACGCCUCGCCGACUUCGCCGCCGCAUCCGCAGCCAUGGCGACGCCGACGCCCUCCGAGCUGGAGCUCAAGGCGAAGGAGGCCUUCUUCGACGACGACUUCGACCUCGCCGCCGCGCUCUACGCGGAGGCCAUUACCGCGGGUCCCCCCUCCGCGGCGCUCUACGCCGAUCGCGCCCAGGUCUACACCAAGAUGGGAGAUUUCACCGCGGCCGCCGCGGACGCCGCCCGCGCCGCCGAGCUCGACCCCGCCAUGCCCCGGGCGCACCUCCGCAGGGCCCACGCCUGCGUCAAGCUGGAGCAGUACGACGCUGCCCGGGCCGCCGUCGAAGCCGGCGCCGCCCUGGCCCCCGGCGACGCGCGGUUCGCCCAGCUGAUGAGGGAGAUCGACGCCAAGGCGCCCCCGAUGGAGAUCGAGGCGAGCGCCGCCGUCGCCACCACCGCGCCCGCGCCCGCUCCUGCUGAAAAGCCCAAGUACAGGCACGACUACUACAACAGCGCGGCGGAGGUGGUGGUGACCGUGUUCGCCAAGGGUGUGCCCCCCGAGCACGUCGCGGUGGAUUUCGGCGAGCAGCUGCUGAGCGUCUCCGUCGAGGUCCCCGGCGAGGCGUCGUACCACCUGCAGCCCCGGCUGUUUGGCAAGAUCGUCCCCGAGAGGUGCCGUUUCGCCGUCCUCUCCACCAAGAUCGAGGUCCGCCUCGCCAAGGCCGAGCCGGGGACGACGUGGACGUCGCUGGAGUUCACCGACAAGCCCAGGUUCGUGGCCGCGGCGCCACCGCGCGGGAGCAGCCCCUCCGCCGGCGGCAUUGCCCAGAGGCCGAGCUACCCGUCGUCCAGGGGCCGGAAGGACUGGGACAAGAUCGAGGCGGAGGUGAAGAGGGCGGAGAAGGAGGAGAAGCUGGACGGCGACGCGGCGGCCAACAAGUUCUUCCAGGACAUCUUCAGCAGCGCGGACGAGGACAUGCGGCGGGCCAUGACCAAGUCGUUCCAGGAGUCCAACGGCACGGUGCUGUCGACCAACUGGGAGGACGUCGGCUCCAAGAAGAUCGAGCCCAGCCCGCCGGAGGGCAUGGAUCUGCGCAAGUGGGAGUACUGACAAGAUUGAUGAUCGUGCAAGCAUGCUAAUUACUACUAGUAGCUCAUAGUAUAUCGUAUCAUUUAUUAGGAUAUCAGUUCUAUAUUAUGAUGUUUGAACUCUUCGUUUCAA